AUGUCGACCGAUCAUCAGCUUGCGCCGCCGCUAUCUGGCUUCGAGACCGUCUAUGCCUUUGCUCACAGCCCCCACCCUACCUUCGGCGCUCUGCCCUCUAUUGACGGCCCGUUGUUUUCCACCUCGGACCACGAUCUCCCUUUGCCCAUACACCCUAUUAUGACUAGCGUCGCCCAAGGCAGGACAUGCCACUGGCAGGGAUUCUGCGACCGCACCAUCUCGGCACUCUCACCCGGUCGCGUUAUGCAGCACCUCCGCCAGUACCACCUGCACACGGAGGCAAACCCGACUCCGGCGGGCACGAUGACCCUCUGCUGCUGGGUCAUGCAGGACGGCACCCUGUGCGGCAGGCACAUCCUCGGCAGUAACCUUGGCAAGCACGUCGCCGCCGUCCACCUGAAGUCCACCGCGCGGGCGUGCGACCGCUGUGGCCGUGUUGUGUCCCGGGGCGACGCCCUUUGGCGUCACGUCAGGAAGUGCCGUGGCGGCGGAAACUGA